CUAACCUAACCAAUAAUCACAAAAAUUUAUAAACAAGAGAGAAGGGUUACUACAGCGAAUGUCUCUAAAAUCAGAGUAAAGCAAGUUGUGAUUAGGAGGAGCCAUUAUUUCUCGCGAUACAAAUAAUGGCAUCACCGACAUCAACGUCAACAUCAUCGACAGCAUCAACGACAACGGUAACAACAAGUCAAACGUCAUGGGAGCCGCACCGAAUCACGCAUAUCAAGCCGAUCCUCGACAAAUGCGAAAAGGCACUUGCGAAUCGCACGGAUCUGUGGCACAAGUUCAUCGUCUUCGAUGGUGCUGUGUAUAGGCGAACUGAUGUCCUGCGCGCCAUUAUAAUCACUUGUGAACCAGCACUCUUAAUACCAAUCAUGUACACCAUCGAGGACAAGAAUAAGACCACGUUCCUCGCAAAAUGUGCCAUUAAUGCCAUAGAGAAUCUAGUGAAGCAGGGAUUGACCAUAACGUUGUCCAGCGGUCAGGAUCUGUAUAUAGACAUUAUUCUGGGAUUCCUCGGUGCAAACGAGCUGCGAGUGAAUACAAACAAGAUCAUAGCAGAUGCUCUGCAAUGUAGAUAUGAGCCAAUAAGAAAGAUAUUCAAUCUGGAUGACUUUGAGAACGAAAGGGCUUUAGGCUCGAUAUUCUGUCCCAUUUCCAUACCAAAGAUCUUCGAUCUGGUCUUGCGUUGCAGCAGGACAAGUAUGAGCAUUCGUGAUCCUCAACAAUCGAAAUUGGCUGUCCGUGAGUUGAGCUUGAAAUAUAACAAACUCACAGCUAUUAUCUUAUUUGACAAAUUUUUCAAUUUCCACUUGACCAAGUUGGACUUGAGGCAUAAUCAAAUCUUGGAUGUGGAAUAUCUACGUUAUUUCUGUGAAUUUAAGAUAAGCGAACUUUGGUUGGAUGGGAAUCCAUUGUGCGCAAAAUACACUAAUCCCCAGGAGUACAUACAGGCCGUGAAGAAUGUUUUCCCGCAUUUACAAAUCUUGGAUGGAAUUGUUAUAGGAAUGGAGAAUAAAUUUGUGCCGAGCAUGCAGAGUUAUUAUCUAGGCAACGGAACGAAGAUUCCACUGAUGAGACAAUUCAUCAAGCAUUUUUUUGCUCUAUAUGACCAAGAUGAUAGAAUAGUUAUGAAUGGCCUGUAUGAUAAAAAUGCAUUCUAUUCUGUGUCGUUAGGUAAUAAUAUAACGAAUCAUAUACAUAAAGAGAGUGUUAAGACAUUUUCCAUGAAUAGAAACUGGUAUAAAAUCUCUGAUUGUGCCAAGUGUCACGAAUUUCUAUUUCGAGGACCUGAAAAAAUAAUCACUGCCUUUCAAAAGCAACCACCAACAAUACAUUAUCUCAAAACAUUUUGUAUCGACUUGUUAUAUGAAGAAGAUAAUUGUUUAACCGUUUCUGUGCAAGGUUUAUUUGCAUAUCGACUGGCAGUCUGUCCACCCAUGCUGUUCAACAGAACUUUCAUUAUUUCACGGAAAGAAGACAAUGAAUAUUGUAUUAUUAAUGAUUUAUGUUACAUUGAUGGUACACCCUCUAACGCGACUAACGAAGUGAGAUUUGAUCCAAGAGUCGUGCCUAAAUUUAUUCCAACAGUACUCAGCGUGACAGAAAAGGAACAACUACUUAGAUUUUUACGUGAACUUACUACAAUGAAUAUUCGAUACUGUUACAAAUAUCUUCAGAAUGCAGAAUGGAAUAUAAAAAACGCGAUUAUUACUUUUAUGAAGAACUAUUCAGUUAAUGACGUUCCCUCAGAAGCUUUUCAAUAAAUAUACAAUUAUAUUAAACUUUAAGAGUAUGUAUGUAUAUAUGUUGGUCACAGAAAA